CAUCAUCAUAUCCUCAAUCCUCUCUCUCUCUCUCUCUCUCACAAUUAAUACUUGAAUUCAGUCGCCAUCUUUUGAAUCAAAUCGAUAUCAUUGUGUUGUGCUGUUCAUAUUUGGGGGUGUUGUAGAUCCUACAAUCAUUAUGUUUCUUGCAACUUUAGUUGUAUUUUUGGUGGGGGUGAUUGGUUUCUGGUUGGUUCCUAGGGUAUUAUCACGGACGUCCGUAGGACACUUCUUACAGAAUAAGUGGAGAUUUUUGGAGGAAGGUUUUCAUGGGCACCAGUUGUACAAAAUCCCUAGAUUCAACCAACACAUGCAGGAAAAUCAAGUUUAUCGCAAAGUUUUCGUCUAUCUUAAUUCACUACCUUCAGCGGAAGAUUCCGAUUUUGUUAAUCUAUUCUCAGGUAAUAGCAAACCUAACGAGAUUAAUCUCGUGAUCGAUGCUGCACAUGAUCAGAUCUUUUCAGAUACGUACCUUGGUUCACGAAUUUUCUGGAAGUUCGACAAGGAUUGUUUGGUUUUGAAGAUGAGGAAGAAAGAAAAACGUAGAAUUCUCUCUUCGUACCUUCAACACAUUCAUAAUGUUGCCGACGAAAUCGAGAAGAAGACGAAGCAAACGAGGCUAUACAUCAACGCCGAGAACCAACCGGAGAAGAACGGACGGUGGAUAUCAGUACCGUUUACUCAUCCAGCAACAAUCGACACGGCGGUGCUAGAUUCCGAUCUCAAAAACAAGAUCAAGUCCGAUUUAGAAUCGUUUUUGAAGUCCGAACAGUAUUACCACCGUCUCGGCCGUGUCUGGAAACGGAGUUAUCUACUUUACGGUCCUUCCGGCACCGGAAAAUCGAGCUUUAUCGCCGGAAUGGCAAACUUUCUUCACUACGACAUCUAUGACGUCGAUUUAUCCAAAGUCGCCAACGAUUCCGAUCUGAAAUUGCUUCUACUACAGACAACGAGCAAAUCCAUGAUCGUCGUUGAAGAUUUAGACCGGUAUUUGGUUGAGAAAUCAACGGCUGUAAAUCUAUCUGGAAUUCUAAAUUUCAUGGAUGGGAUCAUCUCAUCCUGCGGUGAAGAACGCGUGAUGAUCUUUACGGUCAGUAGUAAAGAUCAAAUUGAUCCAACGGUUCUCAGGCCUGGUAGAAUAGACGUUCACGUGCAGUUCCCCUUAUGUGAUUUCCCGGCCUUCAAAACCCUUGCCAAUAGCCAUUUGGGGAUCAAAGAGCACAAGCUUUUCCCACAAGUUGAAGAGAUUUUUCAAAGCGGUGCGAGUUUGAGCCCUGCCGAGAUUGGCGAGAUCAUGAUAUUUAACCGCGGUUCACCGACCCGUGCUCUUAAAACCGUCAUGAAUGCGCUAAAAUCAAAUAGCGACACGAAGGUGACGAGUGUAGCUAGCAGCAAGAUGGAGGAACCGAUGAGACUGACACAUAGUGUUUCGGUUGGCGGUGCACUUGGGGUGCCGUCAGGGUUGAUGGGUCACGGUGGGUCAAGCGGGUUACCACCAAGAUUGAUGCAUAGUGGGUCGGCUAGAACCGUUGAAGAAUCAGGUGAUUCAGGGUUCUUUCGGCGAGAUAGUGUUCCGUCAGUUAAAGAAUUUAGAAAAUUGUAUGGACUACUGAAGACCAAAAAUAGUAAGAAGGAGUUCCUUGAUUUCGAUAGGUCAGAGAAGCAAAAUUCUCGACAUGAAAUUGGGUUGUAAAUCUGUUACGGUGCAAAGUUUUUUUUUUUAGUUUCUGCUGUAA